AUGUCUUUCCUAAUUCUCUCGAGUCCUCGAGGACGUGAGGAACAGAAAGAGAUGGAAGUGUUUCGUGAUACAACAAACGACGUCUUUUGAUUGAUCCUACUCGCUUCAGAAACCCUAACCCUAACCAGACCGAAAUCUCUUUUUAAGCACUCGCAAAUACGUUUGAAGCUCGACGAAUUACGCAAUUUGUAACGGUUCGCUGUGAGCAAGUACGGAAGAGCUUGCUUCACUUGUUGGUGAGGGGAAGUGGAAGAAUUUGUCGCGGAGCCACUCGAGAGGCAGUCACUGGGAAGUCCUAGAAAACGGAAUUGAGAGGGAGUUUCUCUUCAAUUGAGGGAACCGAGUUAGGGUUUUGUUGUCUCAAUUGCUGCGGUUACUAAGCCAUGGGUCCCGUUCAGAAUUUCGAGCAGCACUCUCGCCAUCUUGUUGAACAAGACCUCCCCAUUCAUACAAGGCUACAGAUGGCAAUGGAAGUGCGGGACAGUCUUGAGAUCGCCCACACUGCAGAGUACUUGAAUUUUCUGAAAUGCUAUUUCCGGGCAUUCUCAGUCAUUCUUUUGCAAGUCACAAAACCACAGUUUGUUGAUAAUCCAGAGCACAAGCUGAGAAACAUUGUUGUGGAGAUCCUUAAUCGUCUUCCCCAUAGCGAAGUUUUGCGUCCUUUUGUGCAGGACCUAUUGAAGGUUGCCAUGCAAGUUCUCACCACUGAUAAUGAGGAGAAUGGAUUGAUUUGCAUUCGCAUUAUCUUUGACCUUCUUAGGAAUUUCAGGCCAACCCUAGAAAAUGAAGUUCAGCCAUUCUUGGAUUUUGUAUGUAAAAUAUAUCAAAACUUUAGAUUGACUGUCAGCCAUUUUUUCGAGAGCAGUGCAGCAAUGACAGGAGUGGAAGAUGUUAAGCCCAUGGAUUCUUCAUCGUUGGAUCAAUCGAUUUCUCCUGCUGGCUAUACUGGCACGGGCCAGCUUAACCCCAGUACACGGUCCUUCAAGAUCGUUACUGAGAGUCCACUUGUGGUGAUGUUUUUGUUUCAACUAUAUGGUCGGCUUGUUCAGACUAAUAUUCCUCACUUGCUGCCAUUGAUGGUCGCUGCCAUAUCUGUUCCGGGUCCUGAGAAGGUCCCACCCCAUUUGAAAACGCACUUUAUUGAAUUGAAGGGUGCACAGGUUAAGACGGUGUCCUUUUUAACUUAUCUGUUGAAGAGUUUUGCUGAUUAUAUUAGACCACAUGAAGAAAGCAUAUGCAAAAGUAUUGUGAAUUUGCUUGUGACUUGUUCAGACUCUGUAUCCAUUAGAAAGGAGCUGUUAGUUGCGUUGAAACAUGUUCUUGGGACCGAUUUCAAGAGGGGCUUAUUUCCUUUGAUUGACACGCUAUUGGAAGAGAGGGUUCUAGUUGGAACUGGUCGGGCAUGCUUUGAAAGCUUGAGGCCAUUGGCUUAUAGUCUACUCGCGGAGAUUGUUCAUCAUGUGCGCGGGGACCUUUCUUUGGCACAGUUAUCACGGAUUAUUUACUUGUUUUCAAGUAACAUGCAUGACGCUUCACUGUCGCUCAACAUUCAUACUACUUGUGCUCGGUUGAUGCUGAAUCUGGUGGAGUCGAUUUUUGAGAAAGGGAUUGACCAACAAUCAAUGGAUGAAGCACGAAUUUUACUGGGCCGUAUUUUGGAUGCUUUUGUUGGAAAAUUUAGUACUUUCAAGCAUACAAUUCCACAGCUAUUGGAUGAGGGUGAGGAAGGAAAGGAUCGUGCUACUAUGAGGUCAAAGCUUGAACUGCCUGUGCAGGCUGUUUUGAAUUUACAGGUUCCUGUUGAACAUUCCAAGGAAGUCAGUGACUGUAAGAACCUGAUUAAAACCUUGGUCAUGGGAAUGAAGACGAUCAUAUGGAGUAUAACCCAUGCACAUUUGCCUCGAUCUCAGGUUUCUCCUUCCUCACAUGGAACUCACUCACAAAUGCUUGUUUCACCAAACUCUACUUUACCAGCAUCUCAAGCAUUUAAAGGGAUGAGGGAAGAUGAGGUGUGGAAAGCUUCUGGUGUUUUAAAGAGUGGUGUUCAUUGCUUAGCUUUAUUCAAGGAUAAGGAAGAGGAGAAGGAAAUGCUUGGUCUUUUCUCCCAGAUUUUGGCUAUUAUGGAACCUCGGGAUCUUAUGGACAUGUUCUCGUUGUGUAUGCCUGAGCUUUUUGAGUGCAUGAUUUCCAACAAUCAACUGGUUCACAUAUUUUCUUCGCUUCUGCAAGCGUCUAAAGUAUAUCGGGCAUUCGCUGAUGUUUUGGUUAAUUUUCUCGUAAGCAGCAAACUAGAUGUCCUGAAGCAUCCUGAUAGUCCAGCAGCAAAACUGGUGUUACAUCUUUUUCGGUUUAUAUUUGGUGCUGUUGCAAAAGCACCUGCAGAUUUUGAGCGUAUAUUGCUGCCUCAUGUGCCUGUGAUAAUGGAGGUUUGCAUGAAGAAUGCUAGUGAAAUUGAGAAGCCUCUUGGGUAUGUGCAGCUUCUUCGUACAAUGUUUAGAGCACUCAUAGGAUGUAAAUUUGAACUUCUUCUGCGUGAGUUGAUUCCCAUGUUACAGCCCUGCUUAAAUAUGCUAUUGACAAUGCUCGAGGGUCCAACUGGGGAAGAUAUGAGGGACCUUUUGCUGGAGCUAUGCUUGACACUACCUGCUCGCUUGAGCUCAUUGUUACCUUACCUUCCUCGUCUGAUGAGACCUCUUGUAUUGUGUCUUAAGGGAACUGAUGACCUAGUAAGUUUAGGGUUACGAACGCUUGAGUUUUGGGUGGACAGUUUAAAUCCUGAUUUCCUGGAGCCCAAUAUGGCCAAUGUUAUGUCUGAGGUGAUUUUAGCCUUAUGGUCUCACUUGAGGCCUGCACCAUACCCUUGGGGUGGGAAAGCUUUGCAAGUCCUUGGGAAGUUAGGUGGUCGAAACAGACGCUUUCUGAAAGAGCCCCUUGCGCUUGAUUGCAAAGAGAAUCCAGAACAUGGGCUACGCUUGAUUCUUACAUUUGAGCCCUCAACUCCUUUUUUGGUGCCUUUGGAUCGAUGCAUAAAUCUCGCUGUAGCAGCUGUUAUGCACAAAAGUAGUGGCAUGGAUGCUUUCUAUCGAAAGCAGGCACUAAAGUUCCUUCGUGUUUGCUUAUCAUCUCAGCUUAACUUGCCAGGAAAUAUUUCUGAUGAGGGAUUCACACCGAGACAGUUGUCCACUCUUUUACAUUCUACAGUUGACUCAUCUUUGCGAAGAUCUGAGACAUCAGAUAUUAAGGCUGACUUGGGUGUGAAGACUAAGACUCAGCUUAUGGCUGAAAAGUCAGUUUUCAAAAUUUUGUUAAUGACCGUAAUUGCCGCCAAUGCUGAGCCAGAUCUUGUCGACUCUAAUGAGGAUUUUGUCAUGAAUGUUUGCCGUCAUUUUGCAAUUAUUUUUCACAUUGAUUCUACCUCAACGAAUGCUUCAAGUACCUCUGCUACACUUGGGGGUCCUAUACUUUCAUCAAAUGGGAACUUACAUGGCAGGUUAAAGAGUAGCACUUCUUCUAACUUGAAAGAGUUGGACCCAUUAAUAUUUUUAGAUGCUUUGGUUGAUGUGCUGGCAGAUGUAAAUAGGCUGCAUGCCAAAUCUGCUCUUAACGCCCUAAAUGUGUUUGCUGAGACUCUUUUGUUCCUUGCGCGCUCUAAGCAUUCUGAUUUGCUAAUGCCAAGAGGAGGUCCUGGUACUCCUAUGAUUGUCUCCAGUCCAUCAAUGAAUCCUGUGUAUUCACCACCUCCAAGUGUCCGCAUCCCAGUUUUUGAGCAACUUUUACCCCGUCUUUUGCACUGUUGCUACGGUAGUGCAUGGCAAGCACAAAUGGGAGGUGUGAUGGGGCUCGGUGCAUUGGUCGGGAAGGUCACUGUUGAGACUUUGUGCGCUUUCCAAGUAAAAAUUGUCCGGGGUUUGAUUUAUGUUCUUAAAAGACUUCCCCUUUAUGCUAGCAAAGAGCAGGAAGAGACUAGUCAAGUGCUUACACAAGUUCUUCGUGUGGUGAAUAAUGUUGAUGAAGCAAACAGUGAAUCACGCAGGCAAAGUUUUCAAGGAGUUGUUGAAUUUCUUGCUUUGGAAUUAUUUAACUCCAACGCAUCUAUUAUCGUCAGGAAGACAGUGCAAUCCUGCUUAGCACUUCUGGCUAGUAGGACUGGCAGUGAGGUAUCUGAGUUGCUUGAGCCUUUGUAUCAACCUUUGCUUCAGCCCCUUAUUGUGAGACCUCUUAGGUCUAAGACUGUUGACCAGCAGGUUGGGACAGUUACAGCAUUGAACUUUUGCUUGGCUUUGAGGCCCCCUCUUCUCAGAUUGACUCAAGAAUUAGUUAACUUCCUGCAAGAGGCAUUGCAAAUAGCUGAGGCUGAUGAAACUGUAUGGGUUGUGAAAUUUAUGAACCCAAAAGUGGCAACUUCAUUGAAUAAACUGCGAACUGCUUGCAUUGAGCUGCUUUGUACUACCAUGGCGUGGGCAGACUUCAGAACUCCAAAUCAUUCUGAAUUACGUGCAAAGAUCAUUUCCAUGUUUUUCAAGUCUUUGACAUGCCGGACGCCUGAAAUUGUUGCUGUUGCUAAGGAGGGCCUACGACAGGUUAUCAACCAACAAAGAAUGCCAAAAGAGCUUCUGCAAAGCAGCCUCAGGCCUAUAUUGGUCAACUUGGCCUCCACCAAGAACCUAAGCAUGCCUCUUCUGCAAGGUCUAGCCAGGCUACUUGAACUAUUGUCCACUUGGUUCAAUGUUACCUUGGGUGGCAAGUUGUUAGAGCACCUUAAGAAAUGGUUGGAACCAGAAAAACUUGCACAGAGUCAGAAGUCCUGGAAGUCUGGUGAAGAGCCAAAAAUUGCAGCCGCUAUUAUCGAGCUUUUUCACUUGCUUCCUCAAGCUGCAUCUAAGUUUCUUGAUGACCUGGUGACAUUGACUAUUGAUCUGGAAGGGGCCCUUCCUCCAGGACAAGUUUAUAGUGAGAUUAACAGUCCAUAUCGACUUCCACUCACAAAAUUCUUGAACCGUUAUGCUAUGCUUGCGGUUGAUUAUUUUCUUGCUCGAUUAAGUGAUCCAAAAUAUUUCAGGAGGUUUAUGUACAUUAUUCAAUCGGAUGCUGGCCAGCCUUUGAGAGAUGAGCUUUCAAGGUCACCGCAGAAGAUACUUGCAACUGCCUUUCCUGAAUUUCUCUCACAACAAGGCACAAAUAUGGGUGACAAUGGCCUUAUUAACCGCCCAUCUGAUAGUUCUAAUGUAUCAUUUUUUCCUACUGGGGAGACUACGGAUGCUUAUUUUCACGGACUUGCUCUCACUAAAACGUUAGUCAAACUGAUUCCUGGCUGGUUGCAUAGCAAUCGGCUUGUGUUUGAUACCUUGGUGCUUGUUUGGAAAUCGUCGGCAAGAAUAACUCGCUUAAACAGUGAACAGGAACUCAAUUUGAUACAAAUAAAAGAAAGCAAAUGGCUUGUCAAAUGUUUCUUGAAUUAUCUACGACAUGACAAAGAGGAAGUGGAUGUUCUCUUUGACAUCCUCUCCAUCUUCUUGUUUCAUUCUCGUAUUGACUAUACAUUCUUGAAGGAGUUCUAUAUUAUUGAGGUUGCGGAAGGUUAUUCAUCAAGCUUGAAGAAAUCCCUUCUGUUGCAUUUCUUGAACCUUUUCCAGUCAAAACAACUUGGUCACGAUCAUUUGGUGGUUGUAAUGCAAAUGCUAAUUCUUCCGAUGCUUGCCCAUGCCUUCCAAAAUGAUCAAAGCUGGGAUGUUGUGGACCAUGGUAUCAUAAAAACAAUUGUUGAAAAGCUUCUUGAUCCUCCAGAGGAAGUUUCUGCUGAAUAUGAUGAGCCUUUGAGGAUAGAACUUUUGCAGCUUGCUACUUUGCUUCUCAAAUAUCUCCAGAAUGACCUUGUUCAUCACAGGAAAGAACUUAUAAAAUUUGGUUGGAAUCAUCUCAAACGUGAAGAUAGUGCUAGUAAGCAGUGGGCGUUUGUCAAUGUUUGCCACUUUUUGGAGGCCUAUCAGGCGCCAGAGAAAAUUAUACUCCAGGUUUUUGUUGCUCUUCUGAGAACUUGCCAGCCAGAAAAUAAAAUGUUAGUCAAGCAGGCCCUAGAUAUACUAAUGCCGGCAUUGCCAAAAAGGUUGCCUGUGGAGGCUCGUAUGCCAAUCUGGAUUAGGUACACUAAGAAAAUUCUUGUUGAAGAAGGCCACUCAAUUCCAAAUCUUAUUCACAUAUUCCAGCUCAUUGUGCGCCAUUCAGAUCUCUUCUAUAGCUGCAGAGCACAAUUUGUGCCUCAGAUGGUGAACUCUCUCAAUCGUCUUGGCCUUCCUUACAAUACAACAGCAGAGAACAGACGGCUUGCUAUUGAACUUGCCGGAUUGGUUGUUGGUUGGGAGAGGCAAAGACGAAAUGAAAUGAAAGUCGUAACUGAAGGAGAUGAUGCCCCUGGCCAGUUGACUGAUGGAUUUAAUCCUGGGCCUGCCAGCACUGAUGCUAAACGUCAUAUGGAUGGGUCAACGUUCCCCGAGGACCCGAGCAAGAAAGUUAAAGUUGAACCUGGUCUUCAGUCCCUUUGUGUUAUGUCACCAGGUGGUGCUUCUUCAAUCCCUAACAUAGAAACCCCUGGUUCCACUGGCCAACCUGAUGAAGAAUUCAAGCCAAAUGCUGCUAUGGAAGAAAUGGUUAUUAAUUUUCUAAUUAGGGUUGCCUUGGUGAUAGAGCCUAAAGAUAAGGAAGCAAGUACAAUGUACAAACAAGCUUCAGAGCUACUUUCACAAGCUCUUGAAGUGUGGCCAAAUGCCAAUGUCAAAUUCAAUUAUUUAGAAAAGCUGCUGAGCAGUCUCCAACCAUCUCAGUCAAAGGACCCUUCAACCGCACUAGCGCAGGGUUUGGAUGUGAUGAACAAGGUCUUGGAGAAGCAACCCCAUUUGUUUAUUCGAAAUAACAUCAAUCAGAUUUCUCAAAUUCUUGAACCCUGUUUCAAGUAUAAAGUCUUGGAUGCUGGAAAAUCAUUGUGCUCCCUGCUGAAGAUGGUCUUUGUUGCUUUUCCCCUUGAGGGUGUCAGUACACCGCCAGACGUGAAAUUAUUAUAUCAGAAGGUUGAUGAAUUGAUCCAGAAGCACAUUAACACUGUUACUGCUCCUCAGGCAUCGACAGAAGAUAACUCUGGCAACUCAAUAAGUUUUGUGCUGCUUGUCAUUAAGACAUUGGCUGAGGUACAUAAGAAUGUGGAUCCUUAUACUUUGGUUCGUUUCCUUCAACGACUAGCACGAGAUAUGGGAUCAUCUGGAGGUUCUCACCUGAAACAAGGUCAGCGAACUGAUCCAGAUUCUUCUGUCACUUCAUCUCGUCUGGGAGCUGAUGCUGGAGUUGUCAUAUCUAAUCUUAAAUCAGUCCUGAAACUUAUCAGUGAAGGGGUCAUGCUUGUUUCAGACUGCAAAAGAUCUGUAACGCAAAUUUUGAACACCUUGCUUUCGGAGAAAGGCACUGAUGCUGGUGUGUUGCUUUGCAUCCUUGAUGUGAUCAGAGGCUGGAUUGAAGCUGACAUUUGCAAAUCAGGAACACCUACUACGGCGAGUACUUUUCUCUCUCCAAAGGAAAUAGUCUCAUUUCUUCAGAAGCUUUCACAAGUUGAUAAGCAAAAUUUCUCACCCAAUGCUGUUGAAGAAUGGGACAUGAAAUAUCUUGAGCUUCUUUAUGGACUUUGUGGCCAUUCAGAUAAAUAUCCAUUGGCUUUACGUCAAGAGGUGUUUCUAAAAGUGGAGAGGCAAUUCAUGCUUGGUUUACGGGCGAGGGAUCCUGAAGUUCGGAAGAAAUUUUUUUCACUCUACCAUGAAUCUCUUGGGAAAACUUUGUUCAUUAGGCUGCAGUACAUAAUCCAAAUUCAAGAUUGGGAAGCUCUAAGUGAUGUCUUCUGGCUCAAACAGGGUCUUGAUCUUCUGCUUGCAGUCUUAGUUGGUGAUAAACCUAUUACACUUGCGCCAAACUCGGCCAGAGUGUUGCCACUUGUGGCCGCGGCCACAGGCUCUCUUCCAGAUAGUUCUGGGAUGCAGCACCAGAUUGCUGAUGUUCCGGAGGGUCUUGAAGAAGCUCCAUUGACAUUUGAUAGCCUUGUUCUUAAGCAUGCACAGUUUAUGAAUGAGAUGAGCAAGCUCCAGGUGGAUGAUCUUGUUAUUCCUUUGAGAGAGCUAGCUCACACAGAUGCUAAUGUUGCAUACCAUUUGUGGGUGCUUGUAUUUCCCAUUGUCUGGGUAACCUUACACAAAGAUGAACAGGUAACACUAGCUAAACCAAUGAUUUCUCUUCUAUCAAAAGAUUAUCAUAAAAAGCAGCAAGGCAACAGACCGAAUGUUGUGCAAGCACUUCUGGAAGGGCUUCAGUUGAGCCACCCUCAGCCUCGGAUGCCCAGCGAACUCAUUAAAUAUAUUGGGAAAACUUACAAUGCAUGGCACAUUGCUUUGGCUCUGUUGGAAAGUCAUGUGAUGCUUUUUAUGAAUGAAACAAAGUGCUGUGAGUCUCUAGCUGAGCUUUAUCGUUUGCUCAAUGAAGAGGAUAUGAGGUGUGGGUUGUGGAAGAAAAAGUCAGUCACUGCAGAAACCAGAGCUGGACUUUCACUGGUACAGCAUGGUUACUGGCAGCGUGCUCAAAGCCUCUUUUACCAAGCCAUGGUUAAGGCAACUCAGGGGACGUAUAAUAACACUGUGCCCAAGGCUGAGAUGUGUCUUUGGGAAGAGCAGUGGAUUUAUUGUGCUACUCAACUUAGUCAGUGGGAUGCAUUGGUCGACUUUGGUAAGAGCAUUGAGAACUAUGAAAUACUUCUUGAUACCUUAUGGAAAUUGCCUGAUUGGGCAUAUAUGAAGGAGCAUGUAAUCCCUAAGGCUCAAGUAGAAGAAACUCCUAAGCUUCGUCUGAUUCAAUCCUUUUUCGCCCUCCAUGAUAGAAAUGCAAAUGGUGUGGGGGAUGCUGAAAAUAUAGUAGGGAAAGGUGUUGAUCUUACUUUAGAACAAUGGUGGCAGUUGCCUGAAAUGUCUGUUCAUUCUCGGAUUCCCCUUCUGCAGCAAUUCCAACAGCUAGUUGAAGUACAGGAGUCAGCUAGAAUACUUGUGGACAUUUCCAACGGAAACAAACUUUCUGGAAAUGCUGCAGUUGGUGUGAAUGGAAAUCUUUAUGCGGAUCUCAAGGACAUCCUUGAGACUUGGAGGUUGAGAACUCCAAAUAAAUGGGAUAACAUGUCUGUUUGGUAUGACUUGCUUCAAUGGAGAAAUGAAAUGUAUAACGCUGUCAUCGAUGCCUUCAAGGAUUUCAGCAAUACAAAUGCACAACUUCAUCACCUGGGAUAUCGUGACAAAGCGUGGAAUGUCAACAAGCUUGCUCACAUUGCUCGUAAGCAAGGCCUUUACGAUGUUUGUGUAACAAUACUUGAAAAGAUGUAUGGUCACUCAACCAUGGAAGUGCAGGAGGCUUUUGUUAAGAUCAGAGAACAAGCAAACGCUUAUCUGGAAAUGAAGGGAGAGCUUACCAGUGGUCUGAAUUUAAUCAACAGCACUAAUCUGGAAUAUUUUCCUGGAAAACACAAAGCUGAAAUUUUCCGCAUUAAGGGAGAUUUCCUGUUAAAGUUGAAUGACUCUGAAGGUGCUAAUGUUGCAUAUUCCAAUGCCAUAACGCUCUUCAAGAAUUUGCCAAAAGCAUGGAUAAGCUGGGGAAAUUAUUGUGACAUGGCUUACAAAGAAACCCACGACGAGAUUUGGUUAGAAUAUGCUGUUUGUUGCUUUCUUCAAGGCAUCAAAUUUGGUGUCUCAAAUUCAAGAAACCAUAUUGCUCGCGUGCUGUAUCUUCUUAGCUUUGAUACUCCAAAUGAGUGUGUGGGUAGAGCAUUUGAUAAAUACUUGGAUCAAAUUCCUCACUGGGUUUGGCUGUCUUGGGUUCCGCAACUGUUACUUUCCUUGCAGAGGUCAGAAGCAUCACACUGCAAACUUGUUCUCCUAAAAAUUGCCACCGUGUAUCCACAGGCUCUGUAUUAUUGGCUUCGCACGUAUCUGCUUGAACGCCGUGAUGUUGCUAAUAAAUCUGAGCUAGGUAGAAUGGCAAUGGCUCAGCAAAGAAUGCAGCAAAACGUAUCUGGUUCCGGUGCUGGUUCGCUUGGCUUGUCUGAUGGAAAUGCAAGAGCACCAGUUCAUGGUGGUGGUGCUUUAACCUCGGAGAAUCAAGUUCAUCAAGGCUCUCAAUCUGGUAGUGGGGUUGGAUCCCAUGAUGGGGGAAACUCUCAUGUGCAAGAAGCUGACCGGUCUACGGUCAUGGAGAACAGCAUGCAUGCUGGGAAUGAUCAACCUUCACAACAAAGUACGCCGUCAGUGAAUGAAGGUGGACAGAACGUAAGACGCAAUGGUGCUUUGGGAUUGGUGGCUUCUGCUGCCAGUGCUUUUGAUGCCGCGAAGGACAUAAUGGAAGCUCUUAGAAGCAAGCACACUAAUUUGGCUGGAGAACUUGAGUCUCUGCUCACGGAAAUUGGUUCAAGGUUUGUCACUCUUCCAGAAGAGAGACUCCUUGCUGUGGUUAAUGCACUUCUCCAUCGCUGUUAUAAGUACCCAACUGCCACCACAGCAGAGGUUCCCCAAUCUCUCAAGAAGGAGCUCUCUGGAGUUUGCAGGGCUUGCUUCUCUGCUGAUGCCGUGAACAAGCAUGUUGACUUUGUGAGAGACUAUAAGCAGGAUUUUGAGCGUGAUCUUGAUCCAGAAAGUACGGCUACUUUCCCUUCCACCCUUUCCGAAUUGACUGAGCGACUGAAACACUGGAAGAAUGUUCUGCAGAGCAAUGUGGAGGACAGGUUUCCAGCUGUCUUGAAGCUGGAAGAGGAAAGUAGGGUAUUGCGCGAUUUCCAUGUUGUUGAUGUUGAGGUUCCAGGACAAUAUUUCAGUGAUCAGGAAAUAACACCUGACCAUACAGUCAAGUUGGAUAGGAUUGGGGCAGAUAUUCCAAUUGUUAGAAGGCAUGGAAGCAGUUUCCGGCGUUUGACUCUGAUUGGCUCUGAUGGGUCUCAACGUCAUUUUAUUGUACAAACGUCUUUAACACCUAAUGCCAGAAGUGAUGAGCGCAUACUGCAGCUUUUUCGUGUGAUGAACCAAAUGUUUGAUAAGCACAAGGAAUCAAGACGACGACACAUUUGCAUCCAUACGCCAAUUAUUAUCCCAGUUUGGUCCCAGGUACGUAUGGUCGAAGAUGAUGUGAUGUACAACACGUUGCUUGAGGUGUAUGAGAAUCAUUGCGCAAGGAAUGACCGAGAAGCUGAUCUCCCAAUUACAUACUUCAAGGAGCAAUUGAACCAAGCUAUAUCUGGACAAAUCACACCUGAAGCUGUUGUAGAUCUCCGCCUCCAAGCUUAUAAUGACAUAACAAAAAAUCUUGUGACAGACAACAUCUUUUCACAAUACAUGUACAAGACUCUCUUGAGUGGCAACCACAUGUGGGCCUUCAAAAAGCAGUUUGCAAUCCAGUUGGCACUUACUAGCUUCAUGUCAUUUAUGCUGCAAAUUGGGGGAAGGUCGCCAAAUAAGAUUCUAUUUGCUAAGAACACGGGAAAAAUAUUUCAGACGGAUUUUCAUCCUGCAUAUGAUGCAAAUGGAAUGAUUGAAUUCAAUGAACCAGUACCUUUUCGCAUGACGAGGAACAUGCAGGCGUUCUUUUCCCAUUUUGGAGUGGAAGGCCUUAUUGUUUCUGCUAUGUGUGCUGCAGCACAGGCUGUGGUUUCACCAAAACAAAGCCAGCAUCUGUGGUACCAAUUGGCCAUGUUUUUCCGUGAUGAACUAUUAUCAUGGUCAUGGAGAAGACCGCUUGGAAUGGCCCUGGCGCCAGUGCCUGGAGGGGGUAGCAUGAGCCCUAUUGAUUUCAAGAAUAAGGUUACCACCAAUGUUGAUCAUGUUAUUGGCCGAAUUAGCCGAGUUGCACCGCAGUAUUUCUCUGAAGAGUGUUGUAUUCAGGAGGAGAAUGCUGUUGACCCACCACAAGCGGUACAAAAGGGCGUCGCUGACUUAGUUGAAGCUGCAUUGAGUCCAAGAAACUUGUGUAUGAUGGAUCCAACAUGGCAUCCCUGGUUUUAAAACUCCUUGUACAGCAAGAUGUUAUUGCAGUUUCAGCCAAGAUAAACAGCAGUUCUUCGUCGUCAAUAGAUCGCUGCUAAAAAUCUCGUACUAUUGUCAUUUUUUAUAAUGGAGCCUAAUUUAGGUUCUGGGGCCUCACAUGUACAUAAAAAGAAAUAAUUCGGUGCAAGUUAAUAGUUAUUAUGCAAAGCAGUUAUUGCA